AUGCCCACAGCCAUCGUAACCGGCGCAACAGGCCUCACGGGUGCUGCCAUCGUCCGCCACCUGAUCAACGACCCAGCCUACACAAAGAUCUACACCCUCUCCCGCAGCCAACCAGGCAUCCAACACCCCAAAAUCCAACAUGCCCACCUCGACCUCCAAGACUCCGCCUCCUCAAUGGCCAACAGCCUCUCGGGCGUCUCCGCAGACUACAUCUACUUCUGCGCGUACCUAGCCAAAUCUGACGAAGAGGAAGCAGCGCGUGUGAACGGCGCGCUUUUGGAGAACUUCAUCAAAGCAUUGGAGAUCACGGGGGCGAUAAAGCAGCUUAAGCGGUUUAUCCUAACGUGCGGGUUUAAGCAUUACGGUGUGCAUUUGGGGGUUCCAAAGCAGCCGCUUGUUGAGUCGGAUCCCAGAUUGGAGGGGGGUGUUGGGGGUGUGAAGUGGCCGUCGAACUUUUAUUAUGUGCAGCAGAGGAUUGUGGAGGAUGCUGCGGCGAGCGGUGGUUGGGAGUGGAUUUGUACGCUGCCUAAUGAUGUGAUCGGGUAUGCGAAGGGGAACUUUAUGAAUGAGGCUGCGUCGCUGGGGUUAUAUGCGACGAUUUGCAAGACGCUGCCGGGGUCGAAGUUGAUUUUUCCGGGUAACAAGAAGAACUAUUUCGUGUACAACUGCUGGACGUCAGCCGAGCUGCAUGCACGGUUCUGUCUCUGGGCUUCUACAGCCCCUGGUGCUGGGAAUAAUAUCUUCAAUGUUGCCAAUGGCGACACGCAGUCCUUCCAGGAACUGUGGCCGCGAUUGGCUGAGCGUUUCGGCUGCAAAAUCCCAGCGGAUAUGUUUAGUCCCGCGACUACGGAGGCGUAUGCCAAUGAAUCAACAAAUAUGGACAUGAGGACUAAACACCCGAUUACUGUGCAUGCACAGAAGAUGGGCCUUUCCAAGGACCAUCUCCUUACGAUGCCGCCAGCCCUGCGUCUCCCCAUUGACCCUGCGAAAUGGUCGCAGCGGGACGAUGUCAAAGAAGCGUGGAAGAAGGUGCAGUCGAAGUAUAACCUUGACGAAGAUGCAUGGGACAAGGCUACAUGGGACUUUUUGACGUUUGCCCUGGGACGGGAAUGGGGUUGUGUGGGAAAUAUGAACAAAGCACGGAAGUUGGGAUGGACGGACUAUGAAGAUACCUGGGACUCGUUUGAACACGCGUUCCGGAUGUUGGAGGAAGGGGGUGUUCUUCCUCCAGUUGAACAGUUGAAGAGGGAUUAUUCAUAA